CGCCUCCCCACCCCCUCCUCCCCAUCCGCGCCACGCUCGGGGUUUUACUGCAGCAGCCGGAGGUGACAGCGACGCCUAAGCCUCCCUGGUUGCUCUCAGAGCCCAGGCUUCCCCAGCAGCCGGAAAGCGCCCUCUCCUGAAAGGCUGAUGGGGGAGAAGUGCUAACCAGCCGCAGAGAGACAAAUUUAAAAAUGUAGAAGUCGCUGGGCUGCAUUCCUUUGAGGACGAGCCUGAUCGCCCAGGACCGAGUGGUAGCGCGUAGGAAGUUGGGACCAUAGAGCAAAGGGGGAGGGGAGUGGUGCAGUCGGCAUUCUCUUCUGAAAGGAGUCACCGGAGCAGGGCAGUUGGACACAAGUUUGCGUGGGAGUGUUUUCCUUUUGUGAAUAAUUAAUCCCCGUCAUCAGUCUGGCAGAAUUGGAGUUUUGGCAAUAGCGCGGACCUCGGCCGAACACCCAACUCUGAGACGCUCGGAGGCGGCCCGCGCAGGGGGAGCUCGUAGCGCCUGGAGAGGCGCCAAAGCGCCGGUGCUCACCUAAGCCGCAGAGACAUACACCCAGCCAGGAGAUGAAGAAACAGCAACUCAGAGAGGAGAAGUAACCCAGGAUCAUUCUGUGGAAGAGCAAAGACAAGAAUCCAAACCUGGACCCUCCCAGGCAGGUGGAAGAGGAUCAGCUCUUCUGAAAUAUUCCCCAGGACGGACCUUCUGCAGCUUGAAGUUGUUGACAAUGGAUUUCAGGCGUGUGAAGGACUAUUUCUCCUGGCUCUACUAUCAAUACCAAAUCAUUAGCUGCUGCGCUGUCCUGGAGCCUUGGGAGCAAUCCAUGUUCAAUACCAUCUUACUAACCAUUUUUGCUAUGGUGGUGUAUACUGCCUAUGUUUUUAUUCCAAUCCACAUCCGCCUGGCUUGGGAAUUUUUCUCCAAAAUGUGUGGUUAUCACACUUCACUUUCUAAUUGAUCUUGUCUACACCCUAUGAAUUGGCACUGAUAUGUUUAUGUAGCUUACAAUUUUUGUUUUAGCUGAGUACUCUGUCUUUUUUCACUCUCUGACCUAAAAAGCUCUCGAUUCUCUAUGCACCCUUAUAUCCUGCCUGAAAUUUGAGAUAGCUGGUUUUUUCAGUUCUUUUGUACACAUUACAUUGUGCAUCAGACCAUAGAUAAUACAAUGGCCUUACCUUACAUACCAUAUUUUCUCAACUUAAAUAAAUUUUUUUUGAGUCAGCAUAUUUCAUAUAAAACUUUUCUGGAAAGUAGGCUUAUAAGAGACCUACCAGAAUCAUGUUUAAAAUGCUCCCUUGAUACCUAUUCUAUACUAAAGGAUAUAUUUUUUAAAAAUUGUUCAUAGGCUACUGUCAAAAAUAUCAUAUCUUUGUUUACAAUAUAAAGAUGUGAAUAAAUUAUAUGGACCCCCUAAAGUAUUGUUUUUUACUGAACUGCUGAUACCUAAAAUUCUUUUACUUCAAGUGCAAAAGAAUAGGCUGGAGGUAAUUACCUUCUUUCAGACAUGGUUCAUGAAUUGUUCCAAAUGCCUGUAAAUGUCUGGCUUUAUAACAAUUUAAAAUCAACAAUGUUGAUUUUAGAUAACCUAGUAAGUAUAAUACUACAAAAUAAUUUUAAGUAUAGGAAACAAAAUACAAUCAAAGUACAUUCAGAUGUAACUCAUGAUGUUGUCUUACCUUGCAUGAUGCUGGGAGUGGAAAGAAAAAAGAAAUUGCUUUUUUUCUGUACUUUCACUCAGCGAAGGGGUAGCAUGUAUUGGGCUACAGGAAGAAAAGCUAAUAAAUAGGCUGGAAAUAAGAUUCUAACAGCAGGAACUCAACCACUCCAGUUAAAUGCGUUGAUGUAGUGGCUCCUUUGUAGAGCAAAAAUGAGAUUUAUUAAAUUUCCUUCAAAGCGUUUAUCUUAAAAAUAUUAUAAGUUUUUAAUUAUGCUACUGAGUCAUAUGUGAAUGCCAAAGAUCAAGCAUUGUAGUUUUUCUUUCUUCUCAAUAAACAUUAAUGUUAAUAAUACUGGAGGGUAAAUAUGUAAAUAGUUUUUGGACAGUAUUUGCACCUCUGUGUUAUGGAAAAACAAUUUCCAAAAAGAGCUGGAAAGAAAGAUGUUUGGCAUGACAAAUUAACUUGCAUGUUUGCCAAAAACAAACAAACAAAAAAUACCUGGUUUGUAGAUGAAACAGAUCUGAACAUGUAUUUAUUAUUUUUGCCAAAUAAAUUAGGUUUAAUUUUAUAAAUAAAAUAUCCACCUCCAGAUUUGCUUUAUUCCUCAUACUACACUAGAUAGUGUCUAAGUGCUUACUCAUAUUUCUCCCCUAAAUCAUCAUUUCUUACUAAUCCA